GGGACAGUGCCCAGGUUUUCCUUCUGGAGGUGCUCAUUCAGUGGGGUCAGAGCAGACAAGAAAGUCGCUGUUGUAUGCCCAACGUAGAAGCCACUUAUCUCGGGAGCACCCUGCUUUCUGGAGCUCUAGAAAGCGAGUAACUAACUUAUGUCAGUUGACUAGGUGUGGAGGGUGACCCGUAACCCUCAGCCUCCUGCCUCAGACUCAGCCCGCGGAGCGUGGGGACAGACCCUCUGCUGCUUUGUCAUGCUCUGCAGAGCCCACUUCUUGCUGGAAAAAGACUUCCAAGAGUUGAAGGAAAACAAUUACAAGGGUAUUUCUGCCUUUCCUGUAAGUGAAGAUAUGAUGAAGUGGGAAGCUGAAAUUGAAGGUCUGCAGGACACAGUUUGGCAUGGAUUACCCUUCCAACUAACAAUAAAUUUUACGUCGGAGUACAAUUUUGUCCCUCCAGUUGUGAAAUUUAGAACAAUUCCUUUUCAUCCAAAUGUAGACCUGCAUACUGGCCGGCCUUGUAUGGAUUUUUUGGACAACCCUGAUAAGUGGAGUACAAGCUAUACUCUGAGCAGCAUCUUGCUUACCCUCCAGGUUAUGCUUUCGAAUCCAGUGCUAGAAAAUCCAGUGAAUUUGGAAGCAGCACAAAUGCUGAUUAAAGAUGAAUCUAUGUACAGCCUAAUAGUUGUAAGACUUUUCCACCAGCCAAUACAAUUGAAAGAUGGCAGCUCUGAGUUACCUAAAGACCCAGACAAAGUUAUCAGAUCAAUGAAAGCAGUCUCAUUUAACGAUUACUACAAAACAUGGUCUGGAAUAGCCACAUCAAAAGCCACAGACCAUUACAGAACUCCAUUGCUUAAAGAUCCAGAUUUCGUUGGAGAGUAUAAUAAAUGGAAGAAAAUGGAGCUAAAACAUCCUAAAGAAUGGAAUUUAAAGUGUGCUGCUGUUGUGGCUCGGCUUGCUAGGGAAAAUAAAAGGCCUUACAAAGCCAGUUAUCCAACCGGAAGAACUCAUCUCUGCCCAGCUCCAAUUCAAAUUUUUCCUGAUUCACAGACUGAAGCAGAUAUUCUCAUAGGGACUGAUGAAACAGAGGAGGGGUGGAAGUGCGAAUCUUCACCAGAUGAUGAUAACACGAAUGAGUCAUGGGAAAAAGAAGUGGAAGAUCUGGUCGCCUGGACCAACACUCUCAAUACAAAUACUCUAGAAGAUUGA